GAACGCUUCCAAGUUUUGUGCUUUGAUCAAGUUGAUCGCUUGAAUCGUGUCAUGGAUGCUACUGUUCCCAUUCACGGCCGUGGCAACUUUCCAACUUUAAAUGUCAGACUGAUCGAUUUCGUGAAAGUCGUCAGAAACAAGUUAGUCGAAAAUGACGUUCACGUCAAAGAUGUCAGGUUGAAUGGCGGUGUAGCCAGUUACGUUUUGGGAAACGAAAAUAAUCAAGCGUUUAAUGAUUACGAUGUCAUUUUCAGUGUCCAACUGAAGGAUCAAACUGAUUUAAACAAAAUAAAAGAAUCGGUUCUCGGUUCUUUGCUUGACUUUUUUCCAAAAGGGGUUAGCAAAGAGCGAAUGUCACUCUGUAGUUUAAAUGAAGGUUAUGUUCAUAAAAUGGUUAAAAUUUUUAAUGACACUGACAAGUGGAGUUUGAUUUCUUUAUCAAAUGUUCGUGCAAAGAAUAUCGAAUUGAAAUUUGCUGAUUCAAUGAGACGUCAGUUUGAGUUCAGUGUGGAUUCAUUUCAAAUCCUUCUAGACAGUUUGCUAACAUUUUCUGAUGUUUCCAAAGAUUCAAUGAAAGAGCAUUUUUUUCCAACUGUAACUGCAGAGUCCGUAUAUGGUCAUUAUGAAUUAGCUCUUUAUCAUCUAAACAACAAACUUAAAGACAUAGACAUUCGUUUGUUGAAAAAGUAUAUGUGUUCAAUGUUUUUUAUUGAUUUUUCUAACAUUUCAGAUCAAAAAAUUAAACUCGAAAACUAUUUAGCUGACCAUUUUACAGAUGAAGAGUAUCUUAAAUUUGAUUAUUUAAUGACUUUGUAUGCGGUUGUAGAUGAAAGUACAAUAUGCCUAAUGGGCCACGAAAGACGUCAGACACUUGAUCUUAUAAGUCAGAUGGCUUACCAUAUACGAAUAGAACAAGAACAG